AUGCCUUCCAGUUUCGGCGCCGUUGAUAUCCCCAUUCUCGCGAAGCUUACAUGGGACCUUCACAACCAAUGCCUAAUCCUUAGCAAGGAUGGGCCUGAUGGCUUCAAGAAGCUAGUGACUGAGCUCGGCUCAUUGCAAGGAACUUUACGGACCUUUGGCGGAGAGUCGGGCUCCAAUCUUUCAUUACUCGAAAAGAUGGAUGAAGAUCGCAAAAAGACUCUUCAACGCUCCCUCGGCGCUUGCUUCACAACUCUUCACGGGCUGAAAGAGCUUCUUGCUCGGUUUCAAGGCCUUGCUUCGGGCGAUGGACACAAUCUCUGGAAAAGAAUCAAAUGGGUCACCCAACGGACCCACGUUGAGGAUAUCAGAUCCAAGAUCAUGAUCCACACUUGCAACCUGAGCCUGUGUAUAAGCUCUAUUGGAAAUGCUUCUCUCGAUCGAAUAGAAAAGUCUAUGGCUAUCGCAAUCAGAGACGACGCACAGAUCGUUUUCAGCACGGAACCAUCCCCUGUCCGAGAAACCGACUCUAUAGUCUCACCAAUGACCCCCGAUGCGGUGGAAUUACCAGCCAACGAUGAACACGUUGAUACACAGCAAGUUCGCACUAAAAUUGCUGAGCUGGACGGUCACAGAGUCUCGAUUGGCAGUGAAAGCAAAUUCAAGCACACCUCCACCUCCUCCGAGUCGGCCAUCACUGGAUCCGAAGCAUCAUUAUGCAAUGAAGCUUGUCCGACAUCAUGGUUGUCUUUGAAUACGUCACCCAUGCUCAUGACACAGGGUUCCAACCACCCUCGAGCACGCAGCGAGCAGCUUCUUUUGGGUGGCUCCAUUGACGAGCGGACACUCGAUCGCGAGGCAUGGUCCAAUUAUGGCUACAUGGAUGAAAAACAGGUCACAAGCUAUGGUGGCGACAUUGGCUACAAUUACGAUGGCCAUCCUCGGGUGACGGAAGCUGUAACCUCCGCCAUGCAGCAUCUGCACCAUGUCCGUCACCAGGAGCAAAUUUCCCGUCCCAUUCGCGUUGAAUCACAAAACCAAUUGCAUCGACCACCUCCUGAGAUAUUGAAACUUUUCGAAGCUUCAGUGAGAUUUGAGAUGCAAAUCAGAAGACUGAUCGCAAAAGACUGGCUUUGCGUUGCUACGUGGUGGCUAUUGAAGGCGCGUGCGACUCUCGCAAACUGCAACAGACACACUUAUUCUAGUGCCAGGGGCAGCCUAACUCCAUCGACUGAACCGCGAUCUAACGGCAAUCAAGCUUACCUGGAUAUCCUCAAGGCCUCAUAUGUGCUGUAUGAUAUUGUGUUAGCAGAGGCGGCAUCACCCGCACCUUUGCCUGAUGAGGACCGCAAAUGCAUCGUUGAACUUUCCGAAAGCAUCAAUGAAGAGCUCUCUCAGUACACAUCCAUUGAUAUUCCAGAAUUAUCCAGUUUGCAGGCUCAAAAUACGGAAAUUUGGGAGCACAUGCAGCCCGAAGAGACCCCAGAUGAUGGUAUGGAUCUAGAUGUGGGUCUGGAGAAUCUACGAUGGGUCGCCGUGGAUCUCGAGGAUGCAGGCAAUGAGCAUGAAAAUGUUCUUUUUCGCACAUUUGUCAAUGCAGGAAUUGGAGGCAAGAAAUCUCGCAUGCGUACGAAAGGUGCACCCUAUAUGCUGCUCAUCAUAACACGCGAAGGUGGAAGUGAGCCAAAGAUUGUUCUUUGCAACCAAAGCGGUACUUUGUGCCUUGAAAGGGAUUUCACAUUGGAGGACCUUCCACCCCUCAUACAACUAUCCAACUCCGCCUUGGCUGGCUUUCCGGGACCCAGAAUGUUGGAGCCAAUACCGUUCAAGUUUGAUGAAAUGGGUGUGUUAAUCACAUUUCAAUUUGAAGCAGAUCUCAACCACUGCAUCAAUAUCUCAAAGGAUUACUUUGACGCUGUUGUACAACGGGAGCCUAUGGAUUCCACCAACUUCACCGAAACUGUCAUCUUCAAAAGCUCUGUAGAGGUAUUUGAGCAGCUCAACACACCGGCAAUGAAAUCGAUGAAUCCGCCCGUCAUGUUUAAGUCCUGUGAGGUUCGCAUCCUGGAGCGAUCUUUUGGAGAGGUUUGGCGAAACAUUCGUCGUAUGGUGAUCAGCUCCUCUGUUGCAGAAAAAGCACCGAAGACCAUCGAGCUCUUCAUGCCGCUCAGCGAAGUUCUCAUUAAGCGCGAUGAUCUCUCACGUCAAGUUCUUCUGCAAUGGUCCGACACAUCCCAGGCACGAUCAGAUAAAACCGAUGGCAAUUACAACACACUGCAUUCUUACGUGUACGAUGCCACCGCGCCAAACCUAGGCAUUGGACUGCAAUUUUCCAGGAAGGAACUGGCAGAGGAAUUUGGGAGAGCAAUUCUCGAGAUGAACUUCCGGCCUGGCUUUUCUUGGUCACAGCCCAGUAGCUCUGGUCUGGUCUACGAUGUGGUUGAUGCCGGUAUAGAGCACAAACAAUACAAGGCCAUAUCGGUUUUCCGCAAUCGAAAUUCGUGGCAAUAUUCAGACCUGCACUUUGUCUAUCGUGACACCGACUAUACGUACGACCACACCACGAACAGCAUCUGCUUCCCUCAGAUUUACUACACAGACUACAUCUCCACCCAUGUGGACCAGCUUUAUCAACCCGAAACUCCCGCCACCUUCUCACAUUGCGAUAAGAAGUUCAAGCAGACGACAAUUGGGUUUGGCACCGAUGUUGCGGUCCGCUCAUUCCUCAGCUCCCUUUCUCCCUUGUAUGAACUUCUCUAUUCUCGGCAUGUUCAGGCUUUGUCUACAAAAACCAACACCCUACUCGGCUUUCAAAAGCUGGGCAAAGGUGGCGUUGAGCUUCAAUUAUGGCGCCGGGGGUCAACAUUCCAACUUGCGGCUCGAUUGGGCGGCAAUGUCUCGGAUAAAUGGCUUACUAUGGCUGUCCCUGCGGCAUUUAACGACACCUCGAAAGAAAAGACCCGUGUGAUCCUUCCGCGGUCACCAUAUUUGCGCGGUAAGACACUAGACAUGAUGAAUUUGAUGGCCCGUGGUCCCAAGAACCCGAACAUCAAGAAUAAAGAAGCGGCUUUCUCGAUAUCAUUUCAAGCUAGCGAAGACAGGGAUGGAUUUCUCGCUGUUUUAAAAGGGCAGCAGUUGCCUAAAUUUGCUUAG